AUGUCCAAAGCGGCUCCGGCCAAAAAGGUGGCUGCAGCCCCGCCUCCAGGAUGCACCCUGGAUGUCAAUGAUCUCCAGGUCCAGAAAGGGGCCAUUCACAUCCAAGCCUCAUACUGGGGCCACAGGUCGCGGAAGGAGCUGCGCGAGAACGGGCCGCCACGAGUGCUGGAACCGCUGAAGGACGUGGUGCUGAUCGAGGGCAGCGCAGCCAACUGACUUCUGACUUGCCGCAUUUCGGCUUUCCCGGACCCAUUCAUCCGCUAGAGAGAGGACGGCAAAGAGCUGCGCGACCGGCCCAAGUAUCGUUACAUCUUCGAGGACCCUGACGUCCUCGCACUGCUGGUGCGCGAUGGCGAGCUGGCAGACCUGGGCCAGUACAGCAUCAACGUAACCAACCUCUUCGGCUAGGGCUCCGACUCGGCGCGCAACCUCGUGGAAGGAAUGCGCGCCCCGGAUGCAACUCAAAAGGGACCGGAUAACACUAAGGCGAGCAAAGGCACCACGGUGACGCUGACCGCGGCGAUCUUGGGCGAGCCUGCGCUCGACGUGGUCUCAACCAAGGACGGGGAGGACAGCGAGGAGGACGACAGGCGAGCCCCUCAUGUUGGCAGUACCACCACGACCCUGACCAUUCGUCCGGCCACGCCCGAGGACAGCGGCAAAUAUGAGGUGUACAUGGAGAACAGCCUGGGCACGGACCACAGCUUCGCUAGCGUGGACAUGGCCUGA